GACAACUUCGACCCUACUAACCGCAGCACAUCGAACUCGCCAUGUCCCACAGGAAGUUCGAAGCCCCCCGCCACGGGUCUCUGGCUUUCUUGCCGCGAAAGCGCGCCUCCCGUCACCGCGGUAAGGUCAAGAGCUUCCCCAAGGAUGACCCGAAGAAGCCCGUCCACCUGACGGCUGCCAUGGGCUACAAGGCUGGUAUGACCACGAUUGUCCGCGACCUGGACCGCCCGGGUGCCAAGCUGCACAAGAAGGAAAUCGUCGAGGCCUGCACAGUUAUCGAGACCCCUCCCAUGAUUGCUGUCGGUCUUGUCGGUUACAUCGAGACUCCCCGUGGUCUCCGCUCCCUCACCACUGUCUGGGCUGAGCACUUGAGCGACGAGGUCAAGCGUCGCUUCUACCGCAACUGGUACAAGAGCAAGAAGAAGGCCUUCACCAAGUACGCCAAGAAGCACUCCGAGAACAACGGCCAGUCCAUCACCCGCGAGCUCGAGCGUAUCAAGAAGUACUGCACUGUCGUCCGUGUCCUCGCCCACACCCAGAUCUCCAAGACCCCACUUCAGCAGAAGAAGGCCCACCUUAUGGAGAUCCAGGUCAACGGUGGCAGCGUCGCCGACAAGGUCGAGUUCGGCCACGGUCUCUUCGAGAAGCCCAUUGAGAUCACCUCAGUCUUCGAGGACAACGAGAUGAUUGACGUUAUUGCCGUCACCAAGGGUAAGGGAUUCAACGGUGUCACCUCCCGUUGGGGCACCAAGAAGCUCCCGCGUAAGACACACAAGGGUCUCCGCAAGGUCGCCUGUAUCGGUGCCUGGCACCCUGCCCACGUCCAGUGGACUGUUGCCCGUGCUGGUCAGGACGGAUACCACCACCGUACCUCUGUCAACCACAAGAUCUACCGUAUUGGCAAGGGCGAUGACGAGGGUAACGCCUCCACCGACUUUGACGUCUCCAAGAAGCGCAUCACUCCUAUGGGUGGUUUCGUCCGCUACGGUGAGGUCAAGAACGACUAUGUUCUCCUCAAGGGUGCCUGCCCCGGUGUUAAGAAGCGCGUCAUGACCCUGCGCAAGUCCAUGUUCACCCACACCAGCAGGAGAGCGCUCGAGAAGGUCGAGCUCAAAUGGAUCGACACCUCUUCCAAGUUCGGUCACGGUGCUUACCAGACACCGGCGGAGAAGAGGCAAUACGAGGGUGUUCUCAAGAAGGACCUCCAAGCUUCGUCUUAAGAGGCUUGAGGUUGUGGUUGUGGUACGGAGUGCAUGCAUUUCUUCUCAUGGGCUUUGGCGCACGGGAUAGGUCUAUAACAUGGAUGCCAGUCAUGAGCGAUUGAACAAAAAUUCAACGAUUCCCCAAUUCAUGAAUAUAUGCU